AUCGUCACUCCACCACAUCCUCCUGGUCGUCUGUCGCUGAUCAUCCGAUCUUCAGUAUCUUCCAUUAUUCUUUUGGUAUCUCUUUUCAAUAUCCCAACCGUCCCUCUUCAAGAUGCCUCCCAAGAAAGCUCCCACUACGGCCAAGAAAGCCGCUUCUGGCCCAACUCACACCUCCUACCGUGAUAUGAUCAAGGAUGCCAUCCUGAAUCUGAAAGAGCGAAAUGGUAGCAGCCGCCAGUCUAUCAAAAAAUAUGUGCUGGCAAACAAUAAGCUGGCUCCUGCUUCUCAGAACGCCUUUGACAGCCAGUUCAACAAGGCGAUCAAGGCUGGUGUUGAGAAGGGCGAUUUCAUCCAGCCCAAAGGCACCUCUGGUCCCGUGAAGCUUGCCAAGAAGCAGGCUCCUGCUAAGCCCGCUCCAAAGAAGCCUGCCACUACCACUAAGACCGCUGCGCCCAAGAAGACAGCCACUAAGAAGGCGGACAAGGCCGAGAAGGCCGAGAAGCCGAAGACGAAGAAAACCAAUGCUGGCGUCAAGAAGCCAGCCGGCAGACCGAAGGCGAACACCGCGAAGCCCCGUAAAGCGAGCACGGCCGCACCGGCUGUUGUUGACAAGCCCAAGGUCGUCAGCGUGACCAAGUCGGGUCGCAAGACUACGACGACGGCUAAGCCCACCGAAAAGGCGACCAAGAAGACUGCUAAGAACAAGAAGGCCUAGACAGGCAGCCUGGCUUGGAGAUUGUUUGAGCGUCCUCUUAGUGUUUCGACUUGGUUAUCCUUUGGGAAGUCCCUGAUGCUCUCCCUCUUUUUUUCUCUUGUAAUUUCUUGCUGAUAUUCCUUUCGCUCUGAGUCUGGGGAUUUUUGUUUCACUCACUAUCUUGGUUGGGCUGGCGUCUUGCGAUGGGUUAUGAAUUGGGAAUGCUUGCUGUGUCCCUAGGGUGCUGGGAAAUCAAUUGUCGUUAUAUCUAGGUCUGAGUUAUCUCUAUUCUGUUCGAGUCGUAUUAAGCCUUGAGAUUUCUG